AUGGGCCUCGAUUACUACGCAAUUUUAAAUGUGCCGCGUUCCGCGCAACUCUCGGACAUUCACUCGGCGUACCGCAGAUUGGCGCUAAAGCUUCACCCGGACAAGAACAAAGAUGGAAAGAGCCAAGACGAAUUAUUCGCUCGAGUGGCAGAGGCAUACGAAGUAUUGAGACAGCAAGAUUUGAGAGCUAUUUUUGAUCAGUUUGGCGAAGAAGGCUUGAAAAAGGGACUCCCACAGUCAAAUGGUGGCUGGUCGAAAGGAUACAUCUUCCACGGUGAUGCUAACAAGGUCUUCAAGGCGUUUUUCGGCACUGACAACCCUUUCGCCGAUUUUGCCGUGCCCGAUGCUAAAAAAGGAACUUUCGGUGGAAAAAUUCAAGAUCCAGCAAUUAAACGCGAGCUUUAUCUGACGCUAGAGGAACUUUACCUCGGCUGCGAUAAGAAAAUGAAAAUAUCGAGACACGUGAUGAAUGAGGAUGGACACACAUCAUCUGUACGCGACAAAAUUCUUUCAAUCAGAGUCAAGCGCGGCUGGAAAGCUGGAACCAGAGUCACUUUCAAAGAAGAAGGAGAUCAAGGACCAAAUACUAUUCCUGCUGAUAUGGUUUACAUUCUGAGAGAACGAGAACAUGCUCUUUUCCAGCGACGAGGAGACGACUUGGUCUAUAAAGCGAAGAUUCCACUUGGCCAGGCACUUGUCGGAUGCGCCGUGGAAGUUGCCACUCUUGACGGUCGACUACUCACUAUCCCUAUAAAUGAUAUCGUUCACCAGACGUAUACAAAGACAGUCUUCGGCGAAGGAAUGCCAAUCACGGGCGAGGACGGCAAAACCGGCAACCUCAUUAUCGAGUUCGACAUCAUCUUCCCCGAGAAGCUCUCUCCACCCGAAAAAGCGCUGAUCAAAGACGCCCUCCUCUCGAAGAACCACCAGCUCAAUUAG